AGUUCAGAAUUAUAUAAAAAGGUGAACCAAACAGAGUUUCAGAUCAUCAACAGUCGCUCAAUCGUUAAACGAUCCCAGCUCAUUCCAGCCAAUCUCAAACUUUUCAAUUCUCUUUUCGUUCAACCCGAACAAACAAAACACCUCAAAACUCAAGAUGAUGUCAAAAAUGGUUAUCCUUUUCGCCCUCUUCGCCUGUGCUUUCGCCGGUGCCGUCUACAGCCCAGCCUACACAUACGCUACUGCCCCAUACGCUAGUUACGCUUAUGCCCCAGCCACUUAUGCCCCAUCAACUUACUACGGAAACUACGGAAGCUACUAUGGUAACUACGCUCCAUGGGGAUACAACAGCUACUACGGUUCACCCGCUUACGGUUACAACUACGCUCCAUACGCUUACGCCCCAUACACCGCCGCUUACUACAAAAAGUAAACACCUCGUCGAUCCCUCAACAAUGACCACCCUCUUUGUUCCCACUCUGGCCUGAUACUCUUUGGGGAAUAUUUUUGUGACCACAAAAAGUGAUCUACAUUAAUUUCCCUCUCGAUCUCUCAAACACACACACUCGCAACAAACACUCUGAUAUUUUUUUCAACAAACAAUUUACUAAUUUAGCUUAAAUUGUACAAUUUCUCGUCAGACAGUUUUUUUUUAAUUCUUUCUCUAAAAACCUACAAACAAUCACAUACACACACAUACACUUGGUAGUUCAAAGUGUUGACAUUAUUUUGGCAGAACUACAUCUUAAUUGUUACUCACUCGAAAAAUUAACAUCACUUUCGAUUUGUAAUGUCGUUCUAACAGUUUGAUCAUUCACAAUAAAAAACAAUUGUUCACACGAA